AGAAAACUUUGUAUGGUGACCAGUAAAGCCGGUGUCCUAUAUAUUUCACCACCCGAGGUGAGUUGCAGAAAGCAUGGCGUCCUCGUGUACCAGCAUCGUCUUGCUCGUCUCCUGUCUAGCUUCACUGUCACAAGUGAGCUGUCACUGGACUCUUUGCCAGAACAACUUCAACAAUGAGACAUGUAUGACCGCUGCCAAGGCCGCCCUGAAUGAUAACACCUUGUUUUGGUUUGGCACUAAUUAUAUGGAGAUGUGUCCAAAUGGUCCAGAUUUUACCCAAAAGUGUACCAAUCUUCGACCAAACAUGAGUGACUCCAUUAUGAGCCGAAUGUUCACCGGAAGUAACGUCACGACGGACUCGAUAACCUCCAUCAUGAACAUCACCUACUACCGACCGCUGGAACGCAUAUACAAAGGAUGCGGGGCAGAGAUUAAACAGACUUACAGGUCCACUUCCUUCAAAAUUGACCCUCUCAACCCUCAAAUAAGGACGUCAGUUGAGUACAGGGACAUGCCGGACGUCUCGUGGUCAGCGGAAGCCGGCGUCAAAUACACCGUAGUGUACUACGACACUGGCAAUUACAUUAUCCACGGCAUCUACGUCAACGCCGACGGUGGAAACAUAACCAUGGGCGAGGCUGUCAAACCCCACAGCGGUCCCCUGAACACCCUGAAUCGGCCAAACAUCUAUGUCUGGGUGGUCUUCAAGCAAACAAAGGACAUCCAAGUCGAAGAAGUGAAACAAUACAUCAACGAAACCAAUUCGUUUAUGAAUCCCCUGUUUAUGCACGAGUUCAUACAGACAUAUGGUCUUCAAGGUCCCGUCAGCUUCGACAUCGUGCGCUCCUAUGGCGACGACUACUCCGCUGUGACGAUGAGAGACAGGCGUGUUACAAACAGGUGUCCCUACUACCACCAAAAACGACUCCAAGACCACGUGGACAGCCAUGGCGGUCUGACCUUCAACCUGUCGUCUGCUGAGGCCGGGAUCUCUAUUGACCUGCACUUUAUGACCCCGGACAUGUCCUUCCCCUUCUGCUGUUCUGAAAUGAAGACUGGCGCCGCCAACGUUCAUGUCGAUUAUAAGUCCACGGGGGAGAUCAUGGCCGCCAAAGUGAGAGCAAAGCCCAUGGUUCACCUUGUGGCAAGAAACCUCUUCGCCCCGGCCAGUACUACGCUGCAAGGUCAGUUCUUCACCUUGAUGCUGGUCAACCCGACAAAGGAGUUGAAUACAUCAACCCCCAACACUGACGUACAUUGGCUCGUUGUCAACAUCAACGCCGAUGACGUCGCUUCCGGUGACGUCGUCGUCGAAUACAUGCCCCCGAUGCCAAGUGCAACAAAGGGGAUGUAUCUGGCCCUUCUGUACAAGCAAGCGAACAGAAACGACCAAGUGAAGAACAUCACAGGCCUGCUCGGUUCUGGAUGCCCUCGGAACACUAGGUGCAAGUUCCAUGUGAAUAAAUAUGUCACGGACAACAGACUCGUUCUGAGUGGACUCCGCCAGAUGGACGUGGAACCCGACCACUACAGCAAAUACCAGGAAGUGAAGAACGGGAUGAGAUCCGAGAAAGAAGCAUGUGAAGCCAUGGAUGGUUACAGAAAUCCGUGCCCAACAGGAACUGGGCUUCCUCUGACAUCCUCCAUGGUCGCCAUCUAUGCCAUGGCGUUGCUGGCUGUUGUCUGUCAAAAGGCUUUUUGAAAUUCUGCGAUUUUAUAUUCGUCUUUUAACUAACAAGACUGCUUGCAUUUAAAGGAGGGACCAGGCUCCCUUGCCUAUUUCUAAACGUUGAAAUUCGUGCGGAAUAAAAACAUGACACCUUGUCUCUGUGUACUUAGUACCUACUAGAUGGCAAUUCACCAUACGUUUGAGUUAGCCCUUGGUUGGAAAUGAUUUGUAUCAAACUUGAUAUGACUUCCGAUUGGCCUGAUCCUAGUCUCCCUUUCACAUUUCGAAUAACAACUGACAAGAU